AUGUCGUUGCCCGUCCGCCUCUCCCCCGCCGACACUCCCAACCUGCAAAAUGGAGACUCUUCUCCCAAGGCAGGCUGGGGAUCGGAUUAUAUCGCACAGCAGCUCUCUAAACUGCAUAUCCCCUACUUCGUGCUGGUCCCGGGAUCGUCGUAUCGCGGACUGCACGACAGUCUGGUCAAUCUCAAUGGCAACGCCUCGCCCGAGAUGGUGGUGUGUCUGCACGAGGAACACGCCAUCGCCAUCGCCCACGGAUACGCCAAAGUGGCAGAAAAACCACUGGCCUGUGGUCUGCACGCCAACGUGGGCCUGAUGCACGCGUCCAUGGCCAUCUUUAACGCCUUUAUCGAUCGCGUGCCGAUGGUGAUACUGGGCGCCGCGGGGCCCUUUGACACGACCAAGAGACGUCCGUGGAUCGACUCGACGCACACGGCCGUCGACCAGGCCGCGCUGGUCAGGAACUAUACCAAAUGGGACGAUCAGCCCACGAGCGUGAACUCGGCCAUCCGCAGCGUCAUUAAAGCCACCGCGGUCGCGUCCGUCAAACCCUGUGCGCCCACAUAUGUCGUUCUCGACGUCGGUCUCCAGGAGACGGCAUACGACGAGAAAGACGUGCGGUAUCCCGACACGGAGAGAUAUUUGACCCAGCAGUCAGCCGGGGCGAGCCAGGCCGACGUUAAGAAGGUGGCGCAGGCCUUGGAGCAGUCGACCAAGGCGUUGAUAAUGUUUGGCAGGAUGAACAGGACCCAAAAGAGCUGGGACGAGAGAAUUAGACUGGCUGAGAUGUUUGAUGCCAAGGUCAUUACCGAUAUCAAACAACCAGUCGCCUUCCCGACUACGCAUCGAUUACACCCCGCAGCCCCGGCACUCUUCCUGGCGCCCGAGUCUGCCAAAAUGAUAAGAGAGGCCGAUUUGAUCAUCUCGUUCGACUGGGUCGACCUGGCCGGGUUCUUUACCGCGGCGCAAGGCGAGCUAAUCGAGCCAAAGGCAAAAGUUAUAGAGAUCUCGGUCGACAGCCAGCUCCAUAACGGCUGGUCAAAGGACCACUUCGAGACGCCGCCCGCGGACAUCAGCAUCUUCGCCGACCCGGACAAGUUCAUCACCGACCUCGUCGCCGAAGUCGAGUCGCGCAAACUCUCGGGGUAUCCCAAGUCCGCGUGGCCCGCAACGGAGCCGGCGUCCUCGCAAAAGCCGCAGAAUCUCGACGGCGAAGAUAUCUUCCAGGCGGACCUCGCAUCCGCGCUCUACGCGGCCAUCAAGCCCGAGGACAUGUGCAUUAUCCGUCUCCCCCUCAGUUUCCGCGGGAUUGAUCUCCUGGCCACGCAUCCGCUGGCGUACCUAGGCAUGGAUGGCGGCGCCGGCAUCGGGUCCGGACCCGGUCAAGCCGUCGGUUCAGCGCUCGCGCUCAAGGGAACGAAGUACGUGCCCGUCGCGAUCCUCGGUGACGGGGACUUCUUGAUGGGCAACUCGGCCAUCUGGACGGCCGCACGGUACCGCAUCCCCGUCUUGAUUAUCGUCUCCAACAACGGCAGCUUCUACAACGACGAAGUCCACCAGGAGCGGGUCGCCAACGCGCGCAGCCGACCCGUCGAGAACAAGUGGAUCGGCAUGAGACUGGACGAUCCACUACCAGAUAUUGGCAAGAUGUCGGAAUCCUUCGGCCUCAAGACCCUGGGCGGCCAGAUCUCGAAGCGGAGUGAGUUGAAGAGCAAAUUCGACGAGGCCGUCCGGUUGGUCAGGGAAGAGAAGCAGGCCGUCGUCUUGGACGUCAGGGUCAGGCCGGAUGAUUACCUGAAGAACUGGGGGUCGAGCAAUAUCGUAAAGAAGUGA